AUAACAAUAAUGAUGUAACCCUACUGAAACCAAACCCCGCACGCUUACACUCAUAUUUACAGACGCCGCCGCUUCCGAGGCGGCUACCGGCGAUUCUUCCCUCCAUCUCGAAGCCGCUCUGCGCUCCACCAACGACAGAGUGACUUCCAAAUUCAACGUAACUAGACGGCUUGCACGAUGGAAGCUCAGCUUCUGAAUGCCGACUCUUCCACAGCACGUGUUAAAGUCAGCCUUCACCUCGGCUCAGAGACAUAUUCAGCUGUGGCAAGCGAGGGCCUUAUCUCCGAGCAAUUGACUUCAGUGAAGGAGCAGAGCAUGAGCAUCCUCAAGGAUUUCAUCACGAAGAACAAUAUUCCAAAUGACGUUCCUGAUGAUCCGGAGGAAAUCUCUUCAGACGAUGACGAUGAAGUAUCUGCAAAGCCUCCAGUAAAGAAGUCGAAGAACAAGCAAUAGGCUCUUGUAUUUGCAACCAUUUGAGCAGAAAUCUGUUAUAAUGAAUGUCACUUUAUGCUGUGUUUUGAGAGUGUUGGGCUGCAGAUUUCUGACCAUAUUAGAUUAUCAAACCAAGAUUAGGGUUUGAUGUUUAAUUUCUAAUGUUUAUUAUCAUAUUAGUGUUUCA